GCCUCCGUGACGGAGAUGAGGCUCCGCCCCCACUCCCUGGUGGUGCAGUCCUACCGGAGCCCCACCUUCUGUCACCACUGUGGCGAGAUGCUGUGGGGCCUGGUGCGUCAGGGCCUGCGAUGUGACGGCUGUGGGCUGGACUUCCACAAGCGCUGCGCCUUCCUGUUGCCUAGCAACUGCAGCCGGGCCCGACGCCAGGUCAGCACCAGCCUGUCCCUGUUCCCCCCCCGACGGCCCCGGGGCCACUCCCUCUCCCACCAGGCGGGGGGGGGCAGCCUGGAGGAGAUCAGCACCACCCGGCCCUCGUCCAGACCCCCGUCCUGGGCCGAGCCCCCCGUGUGGCUGGGGGUGGGCGGGGGGGUGGGCGGGGGGGUGCAGGUGCCUCACACCUUCCACAUCCACAGCUUCACCAAACCCACCGUGUGCCGGGUCUGCAUGAGGCUGCUGAGGGGGCUGUUCAGGCAGGGGCUGCAGUGCUCGGACUGCAGGUUCAACUGCCACCGGCGCUGUGAGCCUCAGGUCCCGAGGGCGUGUCCUGGCGAGAAGAGCCACGCCCACGGUGAAGAAUCCUCAGCAGCUGGUCACAGCGGUCCACCAGACCCAGAGGACGAUGAGGUCAUCAGCACGCCACUCGUCUCUGAUGACGACAUGUCCUCCGACGGCGACUCCCCCGCCGACACCAAGGAGGCGGAGCAAGGGCGAGAACCAAUGAGCCCGUGCUUCAGCAGCAACAUCCCUCUGAUGCGUCUGGUGCAGUCGCUGCAUCACAGGAAGAGGAGGGGCGGGGGGGGGGUGCUGAGGGAGGGCUGGCUGCUGCACCACACCAGCACCGACGCCAUGAGGAAACGCCAUUACUGGAUCCUGGACAGGAAGUGCAUCACGCUGUACCCGAGUGAGAGCAGCACCAAGUACUACAAAGAGAUCCCUCUGUGUGAGGUGCUGCAGGUCCGAGGCUCCGCCCAGCUUGCCACGCCUCUGGCCCCAGGAGACCACGCCCACUCCUUCGAGGUGGUGACGGCCUUGCUGGUGUACUGCGUGGUGGCCGGGGAGGAGGGGCCUGCGUGGGAGGACGCCAUCCACCAGGGCCUGAUGCCCGUGGAGAGCAGAGGAGGAGGAGGGGGGGGCGGCAGCGAGGAGGAGGAGGAGGCUCACAGCCUCUGUUCUCGUGUGUUUCAGGACGUCAGCUCCGUGUACCAGAUCUUCACCGAUGAGGUUCUGGGCUCGGGUCAGUUCGGAGUCGUGUACCGAGGAACUCACAGGAAGUCCGGGCGACCAGUCGCCAUCAAGGUCAUCGACAAGACGCGUUUUCCCACCAAACAAGAGACGCAGCUGAGGAACGAAGUUUCCAUCCUUCAGAACCUGUCGCACAACGGCGUGGUUGUGUUGGAGCGGAUGUUCGAGACCGUCCAGUACGUCUUCGUGGUCAUGGAGAAGCUCCACGGAGACAUGCUGGAGAUGAUCCUGUCCAAUGAGAAGGGACGACUCCCUGAACGCAACACGCGCUUCCUGGUGGUGCAGAUCCUUGAGGCCCUGCGUUACCUGCACCUCAAACACAUCGCCCACUGUGACCUGAAGCCGGAGAACGUGCUGCUGGCGUCGGCCGAGCCCCUCCCCCAGGUGAAGCUGUGCGACUUCGGCUACGCACGCCUCAUCAGCGAGAAGUCCUUCCGCCGCACGGUGGUGGGCACGCCGGCCUACCUGGCGCCCGAGGUCAUCAGCAGCAGCGGCUACAACCGCUCGCUGGACAUGUGGUCGGUGGGCGUGGUCAUGUACGUGAGCCUGAGCGGGACGUUCCCCUUCAACGAGGACGAGGACAUCAAGCAGCAGAUCACCAACGCCAGCUUCAUGUAUCCACGGCAACCGUGGGCCUCCGUCUCACUGGAGGCUGUGAGUCUGAUCAACAACCUGCUGCGGGUGUCUCUCAGACAGAGGUUCAGUGUGGGACGAGCUCUGGCACACCCCUGGCUGCAGGACUUCCAGCUGUGGUGCGACCUGCGGGCGUUCGAGCAGAGGCUGGGCUGCAGGUACCUGACCCACCGGGGGGACGAGGAGCGCUGGAUCCGCUCGGCCCGGGAGAGAGGCCUGGACUUCCCCCCCCACCUCCUCUGGGAGCCGGACGACGACCCUGACAUGUGA